GGAAAUCAUGGCUUACAGUAGUUGCAUAGCCUCCAAAUCCGGACAAUCCUUCACGCGCUCACCGCACAAAAUGUCCUCCAUCCCCAGACGAUUCAGAUGCCUACGAAUACCUAUUGACUAACCGCUGACCUAAUGGUCAGAUCUGAGUCCUUUCUGGCUCAAUCCAUAAUGGGUCGUUCAAGUAUUCCCGACUGGGCUCCAUACAGGCGUAUGAGUCCGCUUUUGUGGCUUUGGUUCGUCAUCCGCUCGACCUGGGUCAUGACCGUGCUGGACAACCCUUUAUCGUGGUUCCUCGGGUUCCGCGGUGCGAAGAAUUGGUUUGACGACAUUGAAGGUAGGUUGUAUAACCUCCAGAGCAGUAUAGCGACGGCUGUGCUCAAGGGCGCCUCAUAGGGCCUUUCUUCCUCCAAGGCGCAC